CGGAACGCGGCUGCCGGAAGUGGCGAGGGCGGGGUCUCGCUGCCGGGGGACAACGGGCUGCACGCGAAGAUGCUGCUGGACUUGUCGGAGGAGCAUAAGGAGCACCUGGCCUUCCUGCCGCGAGUGGACAGCGCGGUGGUCGCCGAGUUCGGGCGGAUCGCGGUGGAGUUCCUGAGGCGAGGCGCGAACCCCAAGAUCUACGAGGGCGCCGCCAGAAAGCUCAGCGUGAGCACUGACACGGUCCAGCAUGGGGUGGAGGGGCUGACGUACCUCCUCACGGAGAGCUCGAAGCUGCUGAUAUCUGAGCUGGAUUUCCAAGACUCUGUCUUCGUUCUGGGAUUCUCUGAAGAACUGAACAAACUGUUGCUUCAGCUUUAUCUGGAUAACAGAAAGGAGAUCAGGACCAUUCUCAGUGAGUUGGCACCAGACCUUCCCAGUUACCACAGCCUCGAAUGGCGACUGGAUGUACAGAACAUUUUCAUCCCUCCCAGAAGAAACACACGUCUGUCAGCAGUCACUGCAUUUCCCCCUCCCUGCAGCCCCUCGCAACCACUAAUCCACUUUCUGUGGAUUUGCCUCUUCCGGCCAUUUCAUGACGCCGUGUUCCUGGCGAUGCGGCUGCCUCCUGGAGCUCAAGAGCUGGCGCAAGAAAUGGCAGGGACGGAAACAGCGCUGAUUCAGCCAGAGUGCGGUGAGGUCGUGGAAGAGAGGCACCAAAUGAGGGGCUCUGCGUCCGGAAGAGAGGGAGAACCAUAGUAAUCCCCAGAUGAACAGAAGAUCUUUGGGGAAGGAGGAGAGGAGAAAGAUUCACGCUGAGACCGUCAGAUGUCCGCGGUAACUGCACGGUGGUUUGGCCUGGCUGCAGCAUCUGCUCCCCAGACUGUAGUGGCACUUUACAGUGUUAUCCUGUGUUCUCUACAGUUCAUAAUGCUUCAUAAGUAGCACAGAUACAUUUCUACAUCAGUUCCCACAGUGAGUGACUAAUAAACUAAAUAUGACUCUACUCUUCACAAAACUGUUUAGUGAGAAAGAACUUGAGAACAGAGACUUUGAUUUGGAUGCUGAAAAUGUAAGUUGCCUCAUGUAUGGCUUUUGCCUCAGUGAACAAUGUUUUCUUGCCUCAUUUUCAGAAACAAAAAAUCUUAGACCCUCCAGAGAGUCUGAUUUGUGCCUUCCCACCCUCCAAGAUGCGUGUUACCAGCCAAGAAGAUUCUGUUGAGCUUUGCUUUUUAUAAUUUUCAUUAUGAAUGAAUAGGGUUUAAAUUUCCCCCUGAAAUAUAUUACUGAAUUAUUAUAUUGGGUAUGCCAUUUCUAAUGACAUACGCUAAAAAAGAAAAAAACACCACACGCAGAUUCCCCUAAAAGCACCCCUCCCUCUACCUAUCCCCGAGAGGAUGCUAACUCUCCCUAGUUGAAAACUCACUAUUCUAGAGCUUGCUCUCACUGAGUACCCUUCUGAUUAUAAUUUGGCUUUGCGUAAAAAGUUUCCCAUAGACAGAAAAUGUGCUAACCAGCAAACAUGGAUUUGGGGUCUGCUUGUAGUUAUGUUUCCCAUUGCAAGUUAAUUAAUUGGCGUUCAUCAGCCAUUAGAGUCCCAUUGAGUCUAUGUGUGCUAACAUUUAAGUUUCUGAGUUUAUAAAAUUGAGGACCACAUUCUGGAACAAGGCUCUUGUCAUAAACUUUUCUAAGACCAGAGAUGUUAUCCUGUCUUGGCGGCCAGACAGCCACCCUCACCAGACUCCUUUCCAUUCAAAUUGUACCAGUAAAGUCCUGUUAAAAAAAAAAAAAAA